AUGGAGAACAGCCACUUCCCUUUAACUGAGGAUCAAAUUCAAUCCUAUAAUGAGAAGGGCUACUUGGUGAUCCAGGGCUUCUUCAACGCUCCGGAAACCAAGCUACUUCAGCGGUGGACUCAGGAAGUCCAUGACCUGCCCCGCACUCCAGACGCAUCAUACAUGCCAUACGAGGAGGUAAAUGCACAAGGCAAACGAGUCCUCUGUCGUACAGAGAACUACGCCAAUAGUCAUGCUGGCUUUAACAGCUUUCUUCGCGGCCAGCGCAUGUUGAGCGUCCUCGAACAGCUGGCUGCGGAGCCAAUGCUACUCUUCAAAGAAAAGAUCAACUACAAACUCGCAGGAAGUGAGCUCCUUCGACGUCUGAGGCUAAUCGGUAACACACCCGACUCAGGUGGCUUUUCUCCUCACAUCGAUGCCAACGCCUAUACCCAUGUCAAGAACAUCAAGCAUUUGACUGUGCUUGCUGCCGUGGACGAGAUGACCCCCGAAAACGGUGGUUUGGAUGUUGUAAAUGGCAGUCAUCGUACGGAGAUCAAACUGGGAGAAGAUCGUUGUAUUGACCCUGCUUGGGUCGAAAGCCAAAAGUGGACUUCUUGCACCCUUCAGCCAGGUGACAUUAUGGUGUUCGGGUCCUAUCUCGCCCACCGCAGUGGUGCUAAUACGAGCUCUAAAGACCGCCGGGCAAUCUAUGCCACUUACAACUGCAAGGCCGAAGGCGAUCUCCACGAUUCGUAUUAUGAAGACCGGAGGAAGCUCUGGCCCGCUACCCACAUGCGCAAGAAAGGAGAAACCUACGAAGAGGGACGACUUCGGUAUGGGUAUGGCUCUCCAAUGCUGACUAUUGAAGGCCAACCACAACCGGUAGCGUAG